AUGGUGGUAUUCAGAUGGUCAGCGACGCCAAUAAAGAUGGGCGGUUCACAAGAGUCAUGGUCCACACCACCACAUCAUCAUCGCAGUAGUCUCAAUUCGAAUUAUAGAGACAGUCCAGUAAACUCUCGCAACACAUCUGCUCGAUCCAGAUUGAGCGUUUCCUCAGCUCAAAGUCCCCAUUGCUUCCUCCCAACCACCCGUGACUCUUCACCUAGAUCUGUAAGUAGCAUUUUAAAAGUAGCAUUUCAAAUCUCAAAUUCCAAUCAUGUUUUCUUCCAGAUUCCUAGUCCAUCACUUGUUCCAAUGAGACCUGAUAGCUCCCCUGACAUCACACUCAACGAACUUCACCACUCGCCAUUCAGUCAUACCGGGUCUACACCAGAACCAACUGAAAUAAUUUCAAAACCAAAUUCCAAGGUCCCAUCACGACGAGCUUCUUACACCACCGGUGAGCAUCAAAUUUUAGAAAAAAGUUCGCUGCGAGCAGGGUUCGAACCUACGCGGGCAAUGCCCAUUGGAUUUCAAGUCCAACUCCUUAACCACUCGGACAUCGCAGCCCGUUACCCAAAUCAUGAAAAUUUUGCCCCUAUUCGAUGGGUGAAAGAGACAGAUAUCGAUGACCCGCACUCUAUUCCCACAAUGAGUCCAAUUGGGUCAUCUGGAUCUUCAGAAGCGAAUGUAGGCGUGCUGGCUAUGAGAAGUGCUCCAAUGUCCAAAAUGCCAAGUGUGGAGAAGCUAGAUAAUCGAAAUGUAAGUUCUAGAAAAAAAAACUCAAUUCGUGGAUACAACAAUCGCAGUUGCCGUAGAACAGUACUAUCCGGUCUCGAUCGAAACGCCAAUCACUCGCCAAACGGUAUCUACGUGCGCCGGAGUCGGUCAAAAGACGACCGUCCAUCGUUAAGCUACAUGUCAUUCAACGGAAUGGAUCAACAAAAUGUAUCCCCACCACGGACAGCACCCAUUCCAAUCUUCAUGUCACAAGAGUCAGUAUCCAUGCAGAGUCCAAUGAAUUCUCCUGUCAACCAUUCAAUGACACUUGUAAACAACAGUAGAAAUGAAAGAACACAAAGUACUCAUAAUCUUUCUGGAGAAGAGCUUUACAAGAGGUUCCAACAGAUCUCCCUAUCCCAUGUCCAAACAUUGAACAUUGUGGCUGACAAGCUAGCAGAAGAAGCUCGACGAGGGGAUGAACCAGUGUCAAGGAAUCGGCUAACACAGUUAGACUUCACUUCUUUUAUAAUUACUUCCCCACAUCCAAUCCUUACUAAAGGAAAGUCACUGUUUUAUAAUGCAGUGUUACCUCGGCAGAAUCUUCCAGACUAUCCAGUCACUCUCAUGAUAUUUUUCCAGAUUGCUCCAUGCUCUCAAUAUGCGCCACUUAUGAGAAAAACAGAAUCCAAUCAUUUUGGUCUUCCUGGAUUCUUGGAGAUCGAAGACCAUGACGGUGCCAUCAGACAAUUUUUAUAUGACACUGGAACCCAAAAUCUAGAUGGACGAAACACAAAAGUGAUUGCAAUGCCUCGGCUCAAUCUAUGCUCAUUCCACAGUUUGGCUGCUCAUCAAUUGAAUCAGAGAAUGGAUCAAACCAAUCACGAAGAGCUCGUCAGUUUUAUCCUUCUUCAAGUUCUACAAGCGCUCAAAAUGUUGCAAGGAGAGGGAGUCGAAUCGUUGAGCACGAAUUUCAAAGAGUUCCUCCUGGCAUACCGCUAUCCAAAUGUGAACUCUUCUUACAAUGAGUUCCCAAGAUUAUUAUUCCUUCCGGUUAGUCGUUUUUCUAUUUUUGUGGUUCCAAUGAUUGUGUUCCAGGAAACUCUUGGAGCUGAAAUCGAAAGCGGAGGUGAUGAGCUAGUAGGCCUCUGCCGGUAUGCUCUCCGAGCUCUGUGCACUUUGCUCCAUCACAAAAUGGACGGAAAAGCACCAGCUAUCAAAUUAAGAUCUCGAUUCUCUCGUGCUCUUUCUGCAUGCGCUGUUUUACUUCAAGAAGACAAAUCGAACAGUUUGACUAAAGCAAAAAAUGUCAUGGAAUUGGCGCUUUGGUCUGGUGGUGAGCAUUUCAAAAACGAACAAGAUGCGAGAAUAUGGAUUGAUACCGCCAGAGCAGACUGUGUGGAUACUUUGGUAAGUUUCCCUCCUCUUCUUGAGACUUCUCGAAUUCCCUAUUUUCAGCUCCGUCAAAUGAUACGUGAACCAAAUCGUCAGUUGGGUGCUCGAGAACGAUUCCGUGUCGAAUUCUUGCUCAGCUCAACACCUCGGUCGAUUAUGGAAUCUCAAAAAGCAACAAUGGCUGCAAAUGUGAACUAA